AUGCCAAGCAUCUUUAGCGCCUUCGAUCGAAACAAAACAUUCAAACCUGUUAAAAAUGUUCAAUCUUCACAUCAUUUAGAACUUUCGAAAAAACUUGAAUCGACACUCAAUCAGGAUUCUUAUACGGAUUUGGUGGUUCAAGAGAGUGUGAAAUUACCACCUGGAGAGAAUGUGAAUGAAUGGAUUUCGUUUCACAUGAUUGAUUUUUACAACAAAAUUAAUGCCAUAUUUGUCCUGGCUACAUGUAUCUGUGGCGAGACCCAAGUUCCAAAAAAGUAUAAAAAAGCAACAGAAGUUUCAGCUCCAGAAUAUAUUGCACUCUCGAUUGACAAGAUUGAAAAUUUAUUGAAUGACACGACCAUCUUUUCAACAAGUGGAGAUUUUCCAAAAGAUUUUCGUAAAAUUGUGAAAGACAUGUCAAAAAAGAUUUUCCGAGUAUAUGCACAUGUUUUUCAUCAACAUUUUAAUGAAGUGAAAGAGAGAAAGAUGGAGACCAACUUUUUGUUUGCAUUUAAACAUUUUUUGUUUUUUGCGAUGGAAUUUAGAUUGUUAAAUGAGAAGGAAUUGGAACCAAUGGUUUCGUGGAUUGAACAAUCUACUGGCAUUGACGUUGAAAGUUACCUUAAAAGUAAAAAGAAACAUAAGAAGAAGGACAAUGCAAGCUCAUCAUCGGAAACGAGCAGUACAUCUUCUGCAAGCCAAUCUUCCAACAAUUCUGGUUCUGCAAGUGGCAGUGGCGGCUCUGACCAUUCAACAUCCUCCGAUGACAAACAUAAAAAGAGACACGGUGGUCACAAACGUAAUGAUUCACUCCGAGCUGAAGAUUUCAAUCUCAUUCGAAGAAGAUCUGCUUCAGUCAUGGUUGCUAGUGACUCUUCGAACACUUCCUCUGGAAAUGGAGGUCUCUCAGUUGGAUCUCAUGGCGCCUUCUCUGGAAAUGGAGGAUCUCUCGAAUCGGAGCACAAUGAGAAGACCAUCUACACGGUGGAACCAAACAAAAUCUCAACACUCGUUGUGGAAGUUAUUGAAGCCUCUAAUUUGGAAGCAAAAGAUUUGGGUGACACUUCAGACGGAUUUGCAGUUCUCAAAUUUGAAAAUCAAGAAGUGAGAACUGAAGUCAUUUGGAAAGAGUUAAAUCCCAAGUGGAAUGCUCGAUUCACAUUUAUUGUGAAAAAUAUUUCUAGAGUACUUCAUGUAUCGGUCUAUGAUGAAAAUAGACUCAGUAAGGCUGAGCUUAUUGGUAGUGCCGAUUUCAAUUGUCAAGAGUUGGCCGAUGAAGAGAAACAUGAUUUUUGGCUUGACUUGAAAAAUUCAAAAGAUUCUUUUGCAGGUCGAAUUCACUUGCAAUGUACUUUUACAAGCUCUGAAAGUGGAAGUAUGGGAUAUUUGAAGAAGAUUACAAAUCUUGGUUUCUAUACACCAUUGAAACAAUUCUUACUUUCUCUCAAACCAUCGUCAUUCAUUGGAUUGUUUGACAAUAAUAAGUUGAAUGUUGAUGACAAGAUUUACAAGUCACUCAUCUAUUUGACAACCUAUGGAGAGACUGAUCAGAAUAAUAGGACCGAAGAAUUCAAUGUCUCAGUCAUGAAAUAUAUCAUCCGUUUGGAGGUUGAAAAAACUCUCAGAAUUUCUCAACUUCUCAGAUCCAAUUCCAUCAGCACAAAACUAGUUGGCAUGUAUUUGAAAAUAUUCGGUCAGGACUAUCUCAAGAAAACUCUUCAAGAACUCACACAAAAGAUUUGUGAAGAGAACAAGUAUUUGGAAUGCUCACCGGAUAUGAUUCGAAAGGAGAGUGAAGGUUCCAUUUCAUUCGAUCCUCAAGUGAAGGCCAAGGAGAAUAUGAACGAAAUUAUUGAAUAUUCUAAACAGUACAUGCAAGCCAUUAGACAAUCUGUGAGCGAUAUGCCCAAAGAUAUUCGACAAAUUACAUCGCAUCUCCGUGAGCAAGUAUUCAAAAAGUAUGAAAAUGUAGCAUCAGUGACACAUGACUUUGACAAUAUCUCUACUCAAAUGGACAGUACAAGCAUGGGUACCAUUGCUGCCUCAUCAUUACUCUUUUUACGUUUCAUCACUCCAUGCAUUACGGCUCCUCAUUUGUUCCAACUUGUGAGCACGACACCUCAAAAGAAUGCUCAACGUACUCUUAUGCUUGUUUCCAAGAUUUUACAGCAAACAGCCAAUGAAACAGAAUUCAGCGAAAAGAAGGAAGCUUUCAUGAUUCCAGCCAAUGAUUUUGUGAGAGAGCAAAAAUCAAAUUUGAGAGCCUUUUUGGAUGAAGUUUGUGAUGUGAAUGGAGACGACAUGAAUUUACGAGAUAGCACUGAUAAUACUUUGAGUGAGGAGAAUAAUGAUCGAUUGUUGUGGUCUCUCUACAAUAUUCAUGUUCUAUUUUAUGAUAAUGAUUCCACAAUUUAUCCAUUAUUACAGGAAGUUAAAAAGAAGAAUACAACAGGAACUCUUGCUUACUUUGAGUUGAGCAAUGAAAAUGCUACACAAUUAGUGGAGAGCUAUGAACAACUCAGGAGUAUUGUGGGUAAAUUGGGUUCACCACCUCAAUUGUCACUUCAAGCUCGUCAACGUGUUACUACCGCCUUCUCAAAGAGAAGUGACAAUGACAAUGUGCCAUCUAUUAAUAUCAAUUAA